GCGUGGCGAUUCUGCGGACAAUUUCUCGCGAAAUGUUUAAAAAAAUGUUACAGAUUAGUUAGAAUGGCUUUUAUUUUUCAGUAGUACGGCUUAACGACGGGUCAGGUGGGCUUUUAUUUUUUAAUAUAGAUAGGUUUGGUGUAGGAUUGAGUGUAGAGUCUUAAGAUAAAAAAUCCCGAAUUGAAAUUGUUGGUUCUAUAAAUUUCGCCGAAGUUGAGGAAAAGUCACGAAGAAGAAUCUCGAGAUAUAAUAUUAGAAAAGUUGACAACUUGCGAUGUUACUAAUGGAUAUUCCCGACGUUUCGCGGAAGCUUAAAAGAAUUGAUCUAAAAAUUAUUUAACAUUUCACUAUCUCAGUAGUCCUGCGUUUAAUUUUUCUGAAUUUUUACUUUCAACAAGCAAUGGAUUAGCUAUGUAAUUUACUCAACCGCGGGUAGAAAAUUGCAAUAAGCAAAUGUUCAAUAAUCUAAUAAGGAUUGGUAAGUAAGUGCGUAAAUAAAUCAACCGAUUUUCUUCGUUCGUAAUCUCUUCAUUAUUACUUUGAUUGAUGUUAGAAACUUCGAUAAUCGAUAGUGAUGUUAGAAACUUCGAUAAAAUUUGGAGAUUCAAAGGAAGCGCUGCAGUCGCAGAAUGCAACGCCAACCGCUGCUACGUUCAGCGUGUUGCUCGCCUUAAAGUCAGCUUCUGAUCGACAUCGUAUACAUUCGACCAACACUCCAGCCCGGAAUGUUUCGAGAUCGUCGAUCGUCGUGAACCUUCGGCCUCCGAGCGUGUACUCGUCAAUGAUUGGCGGGCGACGCCGAUCGAUGAUUGGCGGAAGGCAACUGUCUCUUUCAAAUACAUCGGUUGUUUUGGCGCGCCGUGUAUUUCUCCGUGACCGAGUCAUUACCAGCCAUUAUGUUUCGAGCCGGGGAGCGACGCAAGUAGGACGACGAGGAGUCCGGUAUCGCGCGUAUUAUACACGAGUGUCGGUGGACGUCUUCUGCGACGGAGAGCAGCCAGGAUGCUAAAUUUGGAAGCCAUGAUGGAAGAGAAAAUGUCGGGACGUGGGCAGCGAUACAUCAUUUAAUUUCGGGUAUGUAAGAUCAAUUUUUUCACAAAAUGUUCUCGAUUCGAUGUCUAUUGGAGUCACCUGGAGCAAAAGGAGAUAUCCCGAGUCGAAAUUCAGAUUUACUCUGAUCUACUUCAGGUCUAUUCUGACUUGCAUUCACGGCUCGCGUCAUCGUUUGAUGAGUGAUCAUAAUUUGACGAAUGUCGAUUAUCCGUCUGAUUAACCUAUAAUAGUAUUUCAUAUGACAAGGAAUAGCGAUACAAAUAGCCGAAUACGGUAUUAUAUAAUUGGUCUAUAUAUUUAAUUAGUCUAUUUCCUAAUCGAUCUAUAAUUAAUUAUACUCUCAAUGAAAGAUCGCAUAUAAUUUACAACGAAUAUACCGACUUAAUCUCGCAAGUGCAAAUACUUGUUUCUCGAAUAAUACAUACUUCUCGAGUUUCUUCACCUUGAACCUACCAACGUUUCUUUUUUUUUUCAUCUCCGUUUAGCUUUGUUAUUGUGUGAAAU